AUGUCCCCUGCUGUUUGGGACCUUUCGUUCAGCGACGUUGAUGACCCCCAGCCAUCGACGUCGGGACUCGAACGCUUGCGGAAUGCCCCAGAUCCUCUUCUAUAUCUGUAUUCUACAGAUGAAGAGGAUUAUACACCUCUGAAACUGGCUAGGACUAGCGAUCUCUCUGAAAUUGAAAUCUCCGCCCGAUUUGACGGUGACGACUCGGAUUGGGAGGGAUCCGAGUUCGACACCGAUGAGUCGGGUGUGGACGACGACUUGGAGGAAGAUUUCGACUAUGUCCCGCUGGUGGAUACCUCUCUGGAUUCCGACGAGCCCCUCGCAGAAUACGUCCGACGACAUUGGGAGUGUAAUGCUCCGGGAACUCCCUCUUUUUGUUGGUCGAAGAGGGAGAAUUUCGUCAGGCGUCACUGCUUCGAGAGGACACCAGGUGUGAAAGCACCCCUUGAAGACCCCGCUAGAAGUGUUCACCAGUGUUUUCCCAGAGGAGUUGUUCCAGACCAUUGUGGGCGAGACGAAUCGGGGUGGGAGGACACAACGGUGCGGGAAGUCCGCUCCUAUGUCGGCUUACGAUUCCUGAUGGGCCUUCAAUCGAAGAGGGACCAAAGGGAAUGGUGGUCAAUGGACCCGUUGAUGUCCUCAUCGUUGUUCGCCAAGACGAUGACCAGGGACUGCUACAAUGCCCUAACCUCCAUGCACCACUUCGCUGACAACGAAGGGGAGCACCCCGCGGAGGAUAUGCUUUGGAAGCUGCGCCCUGUGUUAGACGUCUUGGAAUCGACGUAUCGAUCCGUCUUCGUCCCGAACAAGAACGUGACCGUCGACGAGAGCUUGUGGGCCAUCAAGGGGCGUCACCACACCCUCCAGUACAACCCGAGCAAGAGGGCUCGGAGAGGGCUGAAGGUCUACAAGCUUUGCUCGUCCGACGGUCCAGAGGCAGGGCAUACGGCGGCCUUCAAGAUCUACAUGGGGCAAGACUGCGGCGUAUUUCCAUCCAGCAUGAAGGCCGUCACCGACCUGCUGGAGAAGGCAGAUCUACUCGACAAGGGGUACCAGUUACACACCAACAACUGGUACACCUCCCCGACUCUCUUCCAUUACCUGCAGACCCGGAAGACCAGUGCAGUUGCAUCUCAACCGGCGUGGCAUGCCCUCGGACCUGCAGGCGAGUCGGGGACAAAUCGAUUUCCUGUCCGGCAAGACCGGAAUGAUCUGCCUUCAGUGGGUGGAUAA